UUCAAUUCAAGUUUAUUUAUAUAGCGCUUUUCACAAUGUGUAUUGUUUCAAAGCAGCUUUACAGGGGCAAACAAGAAAAACAGAAAAGUUAAAACACAGCACAGUGCAUGGUAUUUAUACAACGAGUAAGUUCAUUCUAAUAAAUAACAUCUAAUUUCUAAAUAAAUAAAUGAAUGAAUGCAGUCUCCCGGUGAGCAGGCCAACACUGCCCUGCUGUGGCGAGGAACCCAAACUCCAAUGAUUGAUUAAUGGAGAAAAAAACCUCGGGAGAAACCAGGCUCAACCGGGAGGGCCAGAUCCCCUCUGACGUGUCAUAGCUGCACUCAGACUGGUGACAUGUGAUUUUAGUUUAGCAUUUAAUACCAAAUAUUGUAACUUCAGCAUUAAUAAGACAAAUAGUCCAAAAAACCUCUUAAACCUAAACCUCUUGGGCAUGGAGUUCGCCAGAAGUGGAGUCCGCUUCCAUGACAGCAUCACGGAGCUGGUGGAUGUAAGAGACCUUGCGCUCCUCCACCUAUCGUUUGAGGAUGCCCCACAGAUUCUUUUGUGGUCGUUAUCAUGUUGGAAUACUGCCCUGCGGCCCAGUCUUCGUAGGGAGGGGAUCAUGCUCUGCUUCAGUAUGUCAUAGUACAUGUUGGCAUUCAUGGUUCCCUCAAUGAACUGUAGCUCCCCAGUGCCGGCAGCACUCAUGCAGCCCCAGAACAUGACACUCCCACCACCAUGCUUGACAGUCUUUGUCCUUUAAAUGGUAUGUAAUGGAAACCAUUACAAUUUUUGUGACGUUUAUUGGGUUUCAUUUGUUUUGUUUCAGCAAGGGGCGAAAAAUGCAAUACUUUUAUACUGUAUUCAAUAUAUUUAGUUUCAUUUUAGUAUUUGAGAUUUUGUGAACAUGUAACCCUGUUUAAUAUAAUAAAUUGUAAAAGUUUCAUCAUUAAUUAUAAGAUCAAGUCUUCAAAAAUUUGAGUAUUAAACUCUGGGGUAUAUUAAAUAUAUUAUAUGUAUUUUAUACAAAAAUAUAUAAAUUACCACUGUUUCCUUUAGUUUGCUUUGUUUACCUUUAAUUUCUCUUUAGUUGUUAGAUAUUUGAGUCAAUAUGUGUAUUUUAACCAUAGGCUGUAUAAAACAGAUUUUAACAUUUCAAAACUCCAGCAUCGGCACUAUAUGUCUGCUAGAAAGUGAAAUUCCCAUUAAUUAAAUAUAAAACAUUUUGCAAUAAAGCAGGACGGCAGAAUCUAUGACAGUUUAAAGGUUUGUUACGUAAAAUCAGUAUGGCCAAUAUGGCGUCGGUUACCGGAGCAACGCAGGGAAGAGGAAAUAGCCACUCCACAUCCGAAAUCACUACGGCUUGGGAUACAUGGCAUUUCCUGUCAGUGUAAAUAGAUAGUUGGCUGACAUGGUUUCACUCCACUCCACUGAUGCCUUCAAGUAAACAAGAGGACAUCUAACGAAGCCUUCUCCAUGAAAGAACCGUUCUUUGCUGCAAAUGCAUGUGGCGGUGGGAUAACGCGCCGAUGUUAGCAAGCUAACAUGGACCUUGGAUCGAUGCUGUACAACAGUUUGAAAGAUGUAACAUGGAGCACGACGACACUGCCUCUGGAUAGACUUGUUAGUUCAUACAGACUACCACAGGUUGUAAAGUUGGAUAGCGGGGAAUCAGUGGAAGGACUGAGAGAAAAUGACUACCUCUUGAUUCAUUCAUGUCGCCAGUGGACCACAAUUACUGCCCAUAGCCUAGAGGAGGGCCAUUAUGUCAUCGGACCGAAAAUCGAGAUCCCUGUCCACUAUGAGGGUCAGUUUAAGCUGCUGGAGCAGGACAGGGACAUUAAGGAGCCUGUGCAGUACUUCAACAGCGUGGAGGAGGUGGCCAAGGCAUUCCCUGAGCGAGUUUAUGUCAUGGAGGAAAUUACCUUCAAUGUUAAGAUGGCAUCAGGAGAGUCCAAUGAUGACACAGAAGUGUACAACAUCACGCUGAGCACUGGGGAUGAGUUGACACUAAUGGGUCAGGCCGAGAUCCUUUAUGCCAAAACGUCGAAAGAAAAGUCACGUUUCAACACCCUUUUCAAGCGGAUCGGUAAGCUAAACUCCAUAAGUAAGCUUGGCCGCGGCAAGAUGCCAUGCCUUAUCUGCAUGAACCACCGCACCAACGAGAGCAUCAGCCUGCCUUUCCAGUGCCGAGGUCGCUUCAGUACCUGUUCGCCACUGGAGCUGCAAAUGCAAGAAGGGGAACACACUAUUCGCACAAUUGUGGAGAAGACCAGGUUACCUGUGAAUGUCACGGUGCCUAGCACCCCGCCACGUAACCCCCAUGACCUACAUCUGAUCCGGGAAGGCCACAGAUACAAGCUAGUCAACAUCCAGACCAAGACGGUUGUUGUAUGUUGUGCUUUACGUUCGAACAAAAUACUGCCAGUGUAUUUCCCCUUGCACGUGUCUACAGCACUGCCACGUUUACUGGUGCCUGAAGGGCUGCUUCAGGGAGAAGCUUGGUUGGAGACGGUGGUCCAUCGAUGGUUUGCAUAUUGCAAGGAGCAGUUUGAUAUUGACGACUACUCCAGAGCAGUCCGUGACGUACGGGUGGACUGGAUCGAGGAGGGCAAGAGUCCGAAGAAAAGCAGCACUUGUGGAACAGGAAGUGGGAGUGCGAUCUGUAACACCAGUGGAGGUGGAAGCAAUGGCUGCCCAUCACAUAUGCAUCUGCCAAGUUCUCUGAGCUCAGCCCGAGAUGAGCUCACACAGUCAUUUCACCGCCUGUCUGUCUGUGUCUACGGCAACAAUCUCCAUGGCAACAGCGAAGUAAACCUUCAAGGCUGCGUUAGUUUAUGCGGAGAUUGCUGUGCACCAGAACCACCCGAUGCAGAUUAUCUUUUCCCAGAGUUGCUGGAGAGUUCCUCAGGUUCACUUAAACCAGACGUGCCAUAUGAGGAGCUUUGGUUGGAUCAUGUUAAGAACCCAGGACCUGUGCUAGAACACAACGAGGGUGUCCGAGGAAACUCCACCAUCGCUGACUGCAUGACUGUACUGCCAUACUCUACAACAGGUCCAACAAGUACCGUCCUCAGUGCAGAUGUCAAUCUACCUCGACCUCCAGUGCCUCCAAAAUCUGAAGCUGUGAAAGAGGUGUGCCGGUUGUUGAACGCUCCACCAAUUCCACCACGGAGUUCCAAACAGACAAGCUCAGGCAGCAUCACAGUGCCGUACCCUUCUGCAAAGCCACGACAGACAGACACUCGCUCCCCAAGCCCAACACUAUCCUAUUACUCCUCUGGCCUACACAACAUAGGUGGAGAGGGUGAGCCUCCGUCUCCGAACGAGUCCGAUGAUCAGAACCAUGCAUGCUACCCGUGUAACUGGAUCAGACCAGAUGCCAGUGAGGGCUCCAAGCCUCUCCCUUGCAUUGAUGCCUCAUUUUCCCGCCUUUCCUGGCCAAACGAUUUCUGUGGGGCUGACUCGUAUAAAGGUGAGGAUUUUCCUUCAGUACACUGUCGGAGUUACUCUAGUUAUCCAAGAAAGAGGACACCUGGUACCCCUAAGGCUUGUCCCACAGGGCUCUUUGACUUUGAUAGGCCGGAGAAUUUUAAAGGGAGCUCUGCGACCUCCAAGUUCAAAAAGGGGCCUACCCAGUCUUGCACCAAAUCCACCAGCUACACUAUGGAAAUUUACAGAGACAAAUCUGCAGAGGAAUGUAACACUAAGCAAAGCCAGUCCUGCCCCAUUUUGCCUCCAAGAACCUCCAAAUCUAACGAUACAAAAAAAGAUCCAGAGCCCACCACUACAACCUCAGCUAAUGUUGACGCCUUGGAACUUGAGUCUAAAAGCUGCUCGCUUGAAGGGUCACAUCAAAGCCCUACAGAUGUGUUUUCAAACUCCUGUCCUGUUGCUACAGACUCACAAUGGCAGCCACCGAACAACCUAUCAGGUCUCUCCAUUGAGGAGGUUUCAAAGUCACUACGUUUCAUUGGUCUAUCCGACGAUGUCGUUUUGUUGUUUGUGCAAGAAAAGAUUGAUGGAAAUUUACUCACGCAGCUAACGGAGGAGAUUUUGUCAGAGGAUUUUAAGCUAAGCAAACUUCAAGUAAAGAAACUUAUGCAGUUUAUUAAUGGCUGGAGGCCUAAAAUGUAACAUUGAACAAGCAAGCCAGGAGCAAAGAGCAAAACAUGCAAUGUGCUGCAGCGUCAGCCUGAAAUAUUGGCCUUCAGUAUUGCAUUAGACUGUUUUGUAUCUAAAUGCUAUGCACAGUCUUGUAAUGAUUUUAAUAGCCAUUUGUUAAUAUAUAUGUGUAUAUAAUUAUAUAUAAGGAUUGCUUUGUGUAUUAACCUCUAUGUUAUCUCUUUGUGACCUUACGGUACCUGCACAAUGGAUUUAUUUGCUUGAACCCAAAGCCUUUGAAAGCAGAAUAUAUUUUGACCCAAUCCAACUGUGGCCUAAGUUUCCUUGGUUGUUGAUCAAUAAACUUGAUUGACUUGA